AAGACAAUUAUAUCAAUUCCUACUACAGAGAAAUGCCUGUGUUUCGAAACUUAAUCAGCCUUGAGCUUACCUUUCCUCGCUUCCGUGGCUGGUUUGAUGUAGUGGAAGUGCUUCCUUAUUGUCCCAAUCUUCAAUCUCUUGCCAUUGAAAAGGGUAAGUACAGGAGAAUUAUCGAAGAUCAAUUGGAACAUACCAUAGAACCUGUUGUUCCAGAAUGUGUUUCAUUGCACCUCAAAACAUGUUCUGUUAGACACUAUCCGGUUAAAAGCAUGUAUGAAGAUUUUGAUUUGGCAGCAUAUAUCCUUCAAAAUGCGAGGGUUUUACAAGUGCUGACUAUUCACAUGGACCCUUAUCACUCAACGGAAUCUGAGAAGGACCAAUUCUUCAAUUAUUUAUCCAGGUGCCCGAGGAUCUCUCAAGCAUGUAAAAUUGAGUGCAACUAGGUUCUAAAUAUCUGCUGUUUCCAAUAAUUUCUUCUACCCAUGAAUGCAAUUGCUAUUGUUGGAUUUGAGAGGAUAU